AUGUUAAAACGUUCCAUACUACUUAACAUAUUUGUUACUGCAACAAUAGCUUUAACGUACUCGGGAAAGCCUUAUAUACACAUACGACAGGGUGUGAAACCCAACCAAUUGAUUAUCAGUGUUCGACAUCCAUGUACAAAUAUUACCCGACAAACAACAACCGAAAUUUCCACUCGAAUAACCUACGACAAUGAUUAUUACGACGAUGAGGAAUACCACAAAGGUGACAAAGGCAACAUCAUCUUUACAACUACCAAGCAGCCGACUGAACGUACACCUUUACCAUGGGCCGAUACAGAAAAUUUUACAACAUUGUCAGAAAAUUACUCUGCGAAAAAUAACAAUUCAUCAGAAGAUAAUACAACACCUAAAGAUGCAGUUGAAGAAACUACAACACUGGCAGUUGAGACUACUUUAACACCAACACCAACUCUGGAAGAAACCAAUUUAGUGACAGAAGAAACUACAUCAGCAGCUGCAGAAACUACUACAACCUUAGUAGAGACUACCUUAAUAACCCCGGUAAGCGAAACAACAUCAGCAUCUGAGGAAACCACCACAACGACAGUGGAGACUUCUGUUGCAACAACACCGGCUGCUGAAGAAACUACCACACCAAUAGGCGAAACAACAUCAGCAUCUGAGGAAACCACCACAACGACAGUGGAGUCUACUGUUGCAACAACGCCGGCUGCUGAAGAAACUACCACACCAAUAGGCGAAACAACAUCAGCAUCUGAGGAAACCACCACAACGACAGUGGAGACUUCUGUUGCAACAACACCGGCUGCUGAAGAAACUACCACACCAAUAAGCGAAACAACAUCAGCAUCUGAGGAAACCACCACAACGACAGUGGAGACUUCUGUUGCAACAACACCGGCUGCUGAAGAAACUACCACACCAAUAGGCGAAACAACAUCAGCAUCUGAGGAAACCACCACAACGACAGUGGAGACUUCUGUUGCAACAACACCGGCUGCUGAAGAAACUACCACACCAAUAAGCGAAACAACAUCAGCAUCUGAGGAAACCACCACAACGACAGUGGAGACUUCUGUUGCAACAACACCGGCUGCUGAAGAAACUACCACACCAAUAGGCGAAACAACAUCAGCAGCUGAGGAAACCACCACAACGACAGCGGAGACUACUGUUGCAACAACACCGGCUGCUGAAGAAACUACCACACCAAUAGGCGAAACAACAUCAGCAGCUGAGGAAACCACCACAACGACAGUUGAGACUACUCUUGCAACAGCACCGGCUGCUGAAGAAACUACCACACCAAUAGGCGAAACAACAUCAGCAGCUGAGGAAACCACCACAACGACAGUUGAGACUACUGUUGCAACAACACCGGCUGCUGAAGAAACUACCACACCAAUAGGCGAAACAACAUCAGCAGCUGAGGAAACCACCACAACGACAGUUGAGACUACUGUUGCAACAACACCGGCUGCUGAAGAAACUACCACACCAAUAGUCGAAACAACAUCAGCAUCUGAGGAAACCACCACAACGACAGUUGAGACUACUGUUGCAACAACGCCGGCUGCUGAAGAAACUACCACACCAAUAAGCGAAACAACAUCAGCAUCUGAGGAAACCACCACAACGACAUCUGAGGAAACCACCACAACGACAGUUGAGACUACUGUUGCAGCAACAGGCGAAACAACAUCAGCAGAUGAGGAAACCACCACAACGACAGUUGAGACUACUGUUGCAACAACACCGGCUGCUGAAGAAACUACCACACCAAUAGUCGAAACAACAUCAGCAUCUGAGGAAACCACCACAACGACAGUUGAGACUACUGUUGCAACAGCGCCGGCUGCUGAAGAAACUACCACACCAAUAAGCGAAACAACAUCAGCAUCUGAGGAAACCACCACAACGACAGUUGAGACUACUGUUGCAACAGCGCCGGCUGCUGAAGAAACUACCACACCAAUAAGCGAAACAACAUCAGCAUCUGAGGAAACCACCACAACGACAGUGGAGACUUCUGUUGCAACAACACCGGCUUCUGAGGAAACCACCACAACGACAGUGGAGACUUUUGUUGCAACAACAGCUGCUGAAGAAACUACCACACCAAUAGGCGAAACAACAUCAGCAGCUGAGGAAACCACCACAACGACAGUUGAGACUACUGUUGCAACAACACCGGCUGCUGAAGAAACUACCACACCAAUAGGCGAAACAACAUCAGCAGCUGAGGAAACCACCACAACGACAGUUGAGACUACUGUUGCAACAACACCGGCUGCUGAAGAAACUACCACACCAAUAGUCGAAACAACAUCAGCAUCUGAGGAAACCCCCACAACGACAGUUGAGACUACUGUUGCAACAGCGCCGGCUGCUGAAGAAACUACCACACCAAUAAGCGAAACAACAUCAGCAUCUGAGGAAACCACCACAACGACAGUGGAGUCUACUGUUGCAACAACGCCGGCUGCUGAAGAAACUACCACACCAAUAGGCGAAACAACAUCAGCAGCUGAGGAAACCACCACAACGACAGUUGAGACUACUCUUGCAACAGCACCGGCUGCUGAAGAAACUACCACACCAAUAGAAACCACCACAACGACAGUUGAGACUACUGUUGCAACAGCGCCGCCUGCUGAAGAAACUACCACACCAAUAGGCGAAACAACAUCAGCAUCUGAGGAAACCACCACAACGACAGUUGAGACUACUGUUGCAACAACACCGGCUGCUGAAGAAACUACCACACCAAUAGGCGAAACAACAUCAGCAGCUGAGGAAACCACCACAACGACAGUUGAGACUACUGUUGCAACAACACCGGCUGCUGAAGAAACUACCACACCAAUAGUCGAAACAACAUCAGCAUCUGAGGAAACCACCACAACGACAGUUGAGACUACUGUUGCAACAGCGCCGGCUGCUGAAGAAACUACCACACCAAUAGGCGAAACAACAUCAGCAUCUGAGACAUCAGCAUCUGAGGAAACCACCACAACGACAGUGGAGUCUACUGUUGCAACAACGCCGGCUGCUGAAGAAACUACCACACCAAUAGGCGAAACAACAUCAGCAUCUGAGGAAACCACCACAACGACAGUUGAGACUACUGUUGCAACAACACCGGCUGCUGAAGAAAGUACCACACCAAUAGGCGAAACAACAUCAGCAGCUGAGGAAACCACCACAACGACAGUUGAGACUACUGUUGCAACAACACCGGCUGUUGAAGAAACUACCACACCAAUAGGCGACACAACAUCAGCAGUUGAGGAAACCACCACAACGACAGUUGAGACUACUGUUGCAACAACACCGGCUGCUGAAGAAACUACCACACCAAUAAGCGAAACAACAUCAGCAUCUGAGGAAACCACCACAACGACAGUUGAGACUACUGUUGCAACAACAGAAGAAACUACCACACCAAUAAGCGAAACAAUAUCAGCAUCUGAGGAAACCACCACAACGACAGUGGAGACUUCUGUUGCAACAACAACUACUGUUGCAAUAACACCGGCUGCUGAAGAAACUACCACACCAAUAGGUGAAACAACAUCAGCAGCUGAGGAAACCACCACAACGACAGUGGAGACUACUGUUGCAACAACA